AUGAGUUUAUCAACACAAACCACCUGUGGUACGAUGACUCGUGAUGAAUCAUCAUCAUUAUCAUCAUCAACAACAACAACAUUAUCAAAUCAGCAACAAGCUCAUCACCAAGAUGGACAUUUGAGUCAUCCUUCUCUAAAUUUUUCAUUUGAAUCCUUCAAAAAUCAAUUUCAUUUGCAUCAACAUGAUGAACAACAAGCCUAUCAUUUAUAUUUGGUUUAUUUAGAUAUUGUGUUUGUAAAGAAGAUUCCUCGGCAAGAGUACAAUCGGAUACUUUCGGUUCAUUCCUUUUCAUGGUCGCAAUUAAAUCACCAGACGACAUUAACCUCAGCAUCACCCUUUUGCCACACGAUUUACUAUCUCUAUUCUCUUUUGAAUAUUCCCAACAUGAACGGAAUGGAUACAUUAAGUGAAUUGAAAUCUCUCAAUGAUAUUCAUUGUGAGCCUAAACAUUUCGUCAUUGUGCCCAUUUCCAUGUCAGACGUUGGCAAUCGGAGCAAUAGGUUGUCGUCGUUGAGCAUUCGACACUAUCAUGAACUAAUUGAAGCGAUCCGAAAACAAUUUGAAUCUUCUUCAUUGGAUGGUAUUGUGAUGUGCUUCAUUGAUGGAGAUGGUACUCUCAUGUACUAUCAAAUGGAUCAAAAAACAACAUUGAGUGGAAUUCUGUAA